AUGGCUCAGUAUCAGCCAACAUUUUUGCCGGAAUGCUGCAAGCUCAGAACAACACUCAACCAGGCGCGGAGAAUCCCCAACCCCGUUAGCGAGAAACGCUGGGAAAACAAUCGCCAGGCCUGCAAGGCUGGACAGCGUCUUUCCAAGGUUGCAGACACCAUUGGCUGGAUGGAUGAAGCCGCUAAAGGACAGCCAAAAGGCGUGGCGACGGCUCAGCUUGGUCUCUCACUUGCCGCCAUUCAUACCACGACCGAGAUGGCGAGCGGUCUCAUCAGUGACCUCUGCGCCAACCCCGAAUAUUUUGAAGCGCUGCGCAAUGAGGUCAUCUCGGUUCUGGGAGACAAGGGUUGGUCAAAGAGGGCUCUGCAUGAUUUGAAACUCAUGGAUAGUGUAAUGAAGGAGUCACAGAGACAUCACUUUGGCGAUAUUGGUAAGGCCCUAGUCUCUGGAAUGUCGAGCCCGACAAGUUGCUAA